GCAAAUUGUUUUUUUUUUUUGGUCCCCACUAAAUAGCAACAGUUUGGCCACGCUCAAGUGGAAUAAAGUAGACGAUGUUCGAUUCUUUGGCAGAGGCGGCAGCAGCGGUGGCGGAGGCGGCUGCGCUUAGCCGGCAGGGAAGGUGACAGAUAGGGACUGCUCGCGAUCCAGCCGAUCCAGCCGAGGUGUUUAACUAUUUCCAUUUGAAAACAGCAAAACAUGCUGACAAGUAAACAAGUUGCGAGCUGGCUGCUCGCGGGGAGACUUUGGACGUGUGGAGGCCGUCAUGAACGCCUACCUCUUCCCUUCCCCUCCCGCAGCCCGCCCUCUCCAGCCCCAUUUUGGGCAUUUCCGAGACACCCCCUUUGCCACCCUCAUCUGCAUCUGGGCGCCUACAGAUCCCUUCCCAGUUUGGGCUUUGAUAACUGCUCCGGAUAAUUCCGAGUCAGGAUGGCGCAGGGAGAGGAGAGGGCGUGUGUUUUGAGGAGAGGGGUUUCUUGUGUGAUCGUGCGGAUCGGUUCAUUUGGAACAUUCAACUCUGGCUGGCUUUUGCUUGGUUCUGCCCCCUCCGAGGGAGACCAGUGGUGGCCUGCUCUUUUCUCCUUGCUGUUUUUCUUUGGUGGGGAUGGCAGCAGACGCAAAGGAGAGGACAGACCGAGGGCUGGGGACAGGAGAGUCUGCUCCUCUUUUCUUUCGUUGACCUCGGCCAGGUGACCCCUUCCUAACCUACCACCCUGGAGAAGGGUGUGGACCGUACUGGAAUUGCUCAGAGGAUAAUUCUCACCUCUUUUCCCUCAAGGCUUCCAGCCCUUGGGGACCCCCAGCAAUGGGUAGGCAGCUGAGAAGGGUUUGUGCUGAGGUCCUGGCCAAGGUCUGGAGGAAAGCGUUUUGGGUGGCUCUUUACCCCUUCGACGGACUUAAGGGGGCCGGACCUGCCUUUGGUGCUGCUCUGGGAGCACCUCCCCUUGCUUCAGCCCAGGGCCAUGGGGCUGCAAAGCCUGGAGGAAUUGCAGUGCUGCUCUCUGGAAAGCCCACCAGCCCUCUCGGCUUAAUGGAGCUUCUGCUUGCGCUCUUGCAGCUGACAGUUUGAGGGAAAUGGAUAGCCCAGGAGAUGUCUCUGACUCCUGGCCCAGGAGACAAGCUUGACCCAUAUCUCAGCUCUGCUGUUCACCCCUCACCCCCUUCAACCCGGCCAGAGAUGACAAGACGAACAGCCAAGGGGCAGGAGUCAGCAGGGAGGGCAGGAGAAACAGGACAUACCCAACUGUGCCUCUCCCCCACUGCAGGCCACAGGCUUCCAGCAUUCCCAACGAUGCAGGGAGAAGGGUUCAGGGUGAGACUGUUAGGGAAACUCAGACUUGGAAGUGCAUUACUGGGGCUGUGUGUGUGUAGGGGGUGGAUGUGGGGGAGUGGGGUGCUGGUGAAGGUGGGAGCUGAGCGGCCAGUCUUGGUGCUCAGAAGCCUGACCUAGAGAUUGCCAGGGGUGGGCCAAGGGUUGGAAGAAGGGGCCCCUGGUACCCAGCCUGGGUCUCUGGGAAUGGGUGAGCUGCAUCCAGUGUGCUGCUCCAAGGAUGUGUCUGUCUGUAGAAAGCCAGUGGGAGGCAGGGAUGGUUACAAUCACAUAGGCUGUUCAUAGCCACAUAGAGGUGUUGCUCCUCUGAUAAUGAUGCUCAGGGAAGCAGUUUCAUAGGGAAGAGUUGGGUUAGCCUUUCCAGGCUGCCAGAAAGGUCUGUGAUGGGAGGGGACUGGGGUGGCCUCUUGCCCUCUUUGGCACUGGAGGGCCUCAGGAGGGCGUCUGGGAGGAUAGUGAGCAGGGAGUGGAUCUGGAGCCCCUCUGUGUGUGUCCCCAUUCUUGUUUCAGGACUUGGAUUCUGAGAGGCCAUCAGGACUCAUUUCUCUAAAUCCACCCAACACCAAAGAACAAGGGAACUGGAUUCCCACAGGAGCUGUGCCAGUGGCAGGUGGGGGAGGGUCAGAGGUCAUGGGUCAAAUGACCUCUCCUUGCCCCAUCUUCUCCCCAGUGCCCUGUUAUAUCUAUGGCUUGUAUUGACUGAGCUCGAGAAGGGCCCAGAUUUCCACUCCAGAGCCAGAGGGCUGGAGAGAGGGUGGGGAGUCACGCUCACCCCGGGAAGUCAGCAUCCCCAUCCUUGUUUGACUUCUGAGGAAAUGGAGGCUUGGGGUGGUAAGGUCACUUUCCCCAGGCACACAACCCCAACAGGAACCCCCACUGUGUGGGGCUGCAUAUGGAGCAGGCUGGAAGAGGGAUGUGCGGGCAGAGAGGAGUACCCUCGGCUGGGGUUGGUGCUUGUUUUAGUAUGGCUUGGGAAGAGGGCUUCAGUUGAAGCCCGUGCCUUGCUGGAGAGUUGUUCUUCAGAUUUCUGAUGUUACCAAGGAAAUGGGACCAAGAGGUCCCCCAGCUUCCCAUUGGCCUGAAGCUCUUGAUGCUGGUGGAUGCCCCAGGGUAUAGCUUGGGCACACUCUAGAUAGAAGAUGCUGAGGCCUCCACAGUUUCACCCUCUUAUUCUUCGGGCUGUAGUGUUUUGAGGUCCUUCCUUCAAGUGCUGAACUGAUUGUACCUGAGUUUCCAGAGGGACAAGAGGUUUCCCUGUGGUUCUGCUUCUCAGGGAUGGUGUGUGGAGUGAUUCCUGUGUGGCCAUCCAAGGAAGCUGGCUGGGAACUGCCUCUGAUGGGGGAGGCCAUCUCCCCAUUCAGCUGCCCUGUUUGCAUCUGGAGGAAAUCAGUUGCAAGGCAUCAGAGGAGAAGUGUGGGUCUCACCUCCACCCCUCCCAGAGCCACGCUGCUCCAAAGGGCCCUCCCUUUUGGCCCCUUUCAGCCCAGGAGGCCAAUCCCUUUGCCUUUGCAGCUGUUGAUGCACAGGAACCUCAUGGAGCCUGGAAGGGUCCAUGCGCAGCCACGCCCAACCAGGCUGUGACGUCACAAAGGCAGGAGGGUGGUGGCCAUGGUGGACUGUCUGGGCCACUUUGCUAGGCCAGGCCUACCUGGGGCUGGGUUGGAAUGGUAUGGUCUUUAGCUGUUAGAAAGAAGAUGAAGCGGGAGAGGAUGGCGUGGCUGGACCAGUAGAGACGGGGUUUCACCGUGUUAGCCAGGAUGAUCUCGAUCUCCUGACCUCGUGAUCCGCCCGCUUCGGCCUCCCAAAGUGCUGAGAUUACAGGCGUGAGCCACCGCGCCCGGCCUCUGGAGAGUUUUAAUAAGUGUCUUCCAAGGCAUCUCUAGCUGCUGUGGGGAAUGGAUUGGAAAAGGCGGCUGAGCAGAGCCCGGAAGAUGAGGUCGGCAGCUGUUGCAACUGGACCCCUCUUCAUUAAGCUGUCCAUUCACAAGGCACCCUCCAGGUCUGCAGGAGGGAGCAUGAGGGAUUCAGGGGGAUACCCUUGUCCCCUGUACACACCUAGGGGCCGGUUCGACUACAGUAGACACAUAGAGAACUGGCGCAGUCUUCACACGCUCAACGCCGUGGACAUGGAACUCUACACCGGACUUCAAAAGCUGACCAUCAAGAACUCAGGACUUCGGAGCAUUCAGCCCAGAGCCUUUGCCAAGAACCCCCAUUUGCGUUAUAUAAACCUGUCAAGCAACCGGCUCACCACACUCUCGUGGCAGCUCUUCCAGACGCUGAGUCUUCGGGAAUUGCAGUUGGAGCAGAACUUUUUCAACUGCAGCUGUGACAUCCGCUGGAUGCAGCUCUGGCAGGAGCAGGGGGAGGCCAAGCUCAACAGCCAGAACCUCUACUGCAUCAACGCUGAUGGCUCCCAGCUUCCUCUCUUCCGCAUGAACAUCAGUCAGUGUGACCUUCCUGAGAUCAGCGUGAGCCACGUCAACCUGACUGUACGAGAGGGUGACAAUGCUGUCAUCACUUGCAAUGGCUCUGGAUCACCCCUUCCUGAUGUGGACUGGAUAGUCACUGGGCUGCAGUCCAUCAACACUCACCAGACCAAUCUGAACUGGACCAAUGUUCAUGCCAUCAACUUGACGCUGGUGAAUGUGACAAGUGAGGACAAUGGCUUCACCCUGACGUGCAUUGCAGAGAACGUGGUGGGCAUGAGCAAUGCCAGUGUUGCCCUCACUGUCUACUAUCCCCCACGUGUGGUGAGCCUGGAGGAGCCUGAGCUGCGCCUGGAGCACUGCAUCGAGUUUGUGGUGCGUGGCAACCCCCCACCAACGCUGCACUGGCUGCACAAUGGGCAGCCUCUGCGGGAGUCCAAGAUCAUCCAUGUGGAAUACUACCAGGAGGGAGAGAUUUCUGAGGGCUGCCUGCUCUUCAACAAGCCCACCCACUACAACAAUGGCAACUAUACCCUCAUUGCCAAAAACCCACUGGGCACAGCCAACCAGACCAUCAAUGGCCACUUCCUCAAGGAGCCCUUUCCAGUUGACGAAGUGAGUCCCACACCUCCUAUCACUGUGACCCACAAACCAGAAGAAGACACUUUUGGGGUAUCCAUAGCAGUUGGACUUGCUGCUUUUGCCUGUGUCCUGUUGGUGGUUCUCUUCAUCAUGAUCAACAAAUAUGGUCGACGGUCCAAAUUUGGAAUGAAGGGUCCCGUGGCUGUCAUCAGUGGUGAGGAAGACUCAGCUAGCCCACUGCACCACAUCAACCACGGCAUCACCACGCCCUCGUCGCUGGACGCCGGGCCCGACACUGUGGUCAUCGGCAUGACCCGCAUCCCUGUUAUUGAGAACCCCCAGUACUUCCGUCAGGGACACAACUGCCACAAGCCGGACACGUAUGUGCAGCACAUUAAGAGGAGAGACAUCGUGUUGAAGCGAGAACUGGGUGAGGGAGCCUUUGGAAAGGUCUUCCUGGCCGAGUGCUACAACCUCAGCCCGACCAAGGACAAGAUGCUUGUGGCUGUGAAGGCCCUGAAGGAUCCCACCCUGGCUGCCCGGAAGGAUUUCCAGAGGGAGGCCGAGCUGCUCACCAACCUACAGCAUGAGCACAUUGUCAAGUUCUAUGGAGUGUGUGGCGAUGGGGACCCCCUCAUCAUGGUCUUUGAAUACAUGAAGCAUGGAGACCUGAAUAAGUUCCUCAGGGCCCAUGGGCCAGAUGCAAUGAUCCUUGUGGAUGGACAGCCACGCCAGGCCAAGGGUGAGCUGGGGCUCUCCCAAAUGCUCCACAUUGCCAGUCAGAUCGCCUCAGGUAUGGUGUACCUGGCCUCCCAGCACUUUGUGCACCGAGACCUGGCCACCAGGAACUGCCUGGUUGGAGCGAAUCUGCUAGUGAAGAUUGGGGACUUCGGCAUGUCCAGAGAUGUCUACAGCACGGAUUAUUACAGGGUGGGAGGACACACCAUGCUCCCCAUUCGCUGGAUGCCCCCUGAAAGCAUCAUGUACCGGAAGUUCACUACAGAGAGCGAUGUGUGGAGCUUCGGGGUGAUCCUCUGGGAGAUCUUCACCUAUGGAAAGCAGCCAUGGUUCCAACUCUCAAACACGGAGGUCAUUGAGUGCAUUACCCAAGGUCGUGUUUUGGAGCGGCCCCGAGUCUGCCCCAAAGAGGUGUACGAUGUCAUGCUGGGGUGCUGGCAGAGGGAACCACAGCAGCGGCUGAACAUCAAGGAGAUCUACAAAAUCCUCCAUGCUUUGGGGAAGGCCACCCCAAUCUACCUGGACAUUCUCGGCUAGUGGUGGCUGGUGGUCAUGAAUUCAUACUCUGUUGCCUCCUCUCUCCCUGCCUCACAUCUCCCUUCCACCUCACAACUCCUUCCAUCCUUGACUGAAGCAAACAUCUUCAUAUAAACUCAAGUGCCUGCUACACAUACAACACUGAAAAAAGGAAAAAAAAGAAAGAAAAAAAAAACCCUGUAAGGCAGUUUGGCAUAUAUAUAUAUAUAUACAUAUAUAUAUAUAUUUAUAUAUCUAACUAUCUAUCAAUCUAUAUCUACAGAGAGAUACCUUCUCUAGUACACAGAGAAGCUGCUGAUACAGAAAACCACAAGACUUUAACAACUCAGAAACUCUAAAAUAUUAAUAAUACAAAGGAAAAUUCCCUUUGACUUAAGCUGUGGCCCAUGCUUCUAAUGCUAUGGCUCUUCAGAGCAGAAGACCUGGACCAUGCAGAGAGACAAUCUUUGGGAUGAGAGCACUGGGACGGGAGGAGUUAAGGUGGUGCUCAGUCGCUGCUGUAUGUGUCUGUUACCCCGGAAGCUCACCACAGGCACAUGUGGGGACCGCACGGCUGUGCUCAGCAAAGAAAUGAUGCCGGAGCAGGGUCCUUGCCUCCACUUCUUCCCCAUUUCCUCCACUUCAGGAAAAUGUUCUAAUUUGUCCAUUCUGAAAAGUGUAAUCUUGAUGCUUUUGGGAAUCAAUGAUGGCACCUACGGGUAAACUCAGAACAGACAACCCCACAACACAAAACCAUGACAAGAGCUGACUGCAUCCAUCCUGGGUGUAAGCUUCUUGCUGGAGUUGCAAAGGAUGUCUCUUUCUAUUUUCAGAACUUAAAGAACUGGACUUUCUGGACUAAAAGAACCACAGAAGAAAAAAUAGCUGAAACCUGAACCCUGCCAAGACACUGCCACCUGUCUUUUCCAUCAUUGCAAAGAUUCCUUGGCCUCACCUCCCACUUUCAGGCCCCUGGGAAGCUUAGGGGGUUAGGAAACAGGUCCCCAUGUUAUCUUUGAAUGUAGGCACAGCAGGCUUUAGGGUUGCAAUAGCAAGAGACUUGGUUGCUUGUAGGUCAUUAUAACAAAUGCCCCCUGGUCCUCUCAGUUUCUCAUCCUGCUUCCCUAGAUCCUAGAUCCCACUUCCUGGGUCUCUACUGAGUCCCAGGUAAACCCCACUGCCAAGGAAGGGAGCCAGGUCUAGUGAGAGGCUGCAACAGUGAGUGUUUCAGGAAAGCAAGCGGUGGAGUGGGUGAGAGCCAGCAGGGGAGAAUCUACUUGGCACCUGCGCCAGGCCCCUUGGCAUUCUCCUCACGCUUCCAGCCCCUGGGAGGAUUGAUGCAUCUGCCUUUGAGCUGUUGUGAAAACGCAGGGGCUGAGAAAUCACUUUUGUGGGCUGGAGUACGGGGAAGGGCUGAGGCUUCUCUGGGAGAUGUCCAAUGAGUGGCCAGUGCUGCAGGCUUGGCAUCUUAAUGAGGCCUGAGCCCUGACUGGAGAGAGGGAAGGAAACAUCUGGGCUGGGGCCUGCUCCCUCUGCCCCAGCACUGGGGAAUCACUGCCUUCCUGGCUGCUGCCACAGACCACAGCGGGGCCAACCUCUGGGCCUCCCUGUCACAUGAAACAUGGAAGCCAACAGCCUGGCCCCACAGAUCUCCUCUGCUGGGGAGGAGAGGAUGUACUCCUCCCAGGCCACCGGGCCCCUCUGCCUCACCCCAAGCACAGAGCUACCUAAGGGACUGACCUUUGCCAAACUGGAGCUCACCUCCCAGGGGCCUCUGGCCUACCCUUUUCCCUGCCAGCUGUAGAGACUGCCAGCAGCCUGGACGUCCUGGUUAGCUGAAGGCAGCUGAAACGUGGGCCUCCCUAUGCGGGGUUUAGUACUGAAUUAUGUGUUUGUGGUUUUGCUUCUUUUUGUAGACCCACAAAUAUUUUUAUUUGAAUAGUAAAGAGCUGUGCUCAGAUUGUA